CUCGCGAAACAUAUGUCUAUUAUGUCUCAUCUAGUCAUCUUUUAGUGUCUGGUGUCUGUGUUUUCUUGUUCCUUCUUGCGAAUCAUGUUUAAACUCUGAAGCAACAAUUUAAUAUAAUUGGACGCCUUGUCUUUAUGUGGUCAUUUUAAKCAUUCCGUGUGAUUGUAAAGUUUAACAAUCAAAUUUAAUAUAUAUCAAAGUAUUCAACACAUACGCGAUAGAAAAUUGUGUUUUGAGUACCAAAACAAAAUUCGAAUUUUUUUAAAUUUACAAAAUUCAAUUGGUUUCUUCGGUAAUUACUUUUCGAAAAAUAGUAACUGAAGUUCUGUCAUUAAUUAAUGUUAACUGAAAACACAAGGCCGUCAGCAACUUCUCACAAGUAAUAGUCAUGGCUAAGUGGUUGGAUUCAGAUGAUCUACUUCCAUACGACAAUCAAGUUGGAGGUCAUAAAUUUACUAAAGAAAAACCAUUGUUGGGUUUAUUGAAACAUAAGGAAGGUUACAUAUUAAAAUCAGUAGAAGGUGGUACCAAAGGAAAGAAUGAAGUACGCUUUUAUGAAGAAUUAAUAAAAAAUGAAAGCCUUAUAAAUCUCAGAAAACUAGUUCCAUUAUAUUAUGGUACUGUUACUGUUCAAAUAAAUUCUAUAGAUAUGACAUUCAUUGUUUUGGAUGAUAUUACCACAGGCAUGAAAAAACCAUGUGUGAUGGAUGUAAAAAUUGGUUCACAGACAUGGGAACCAGGUUGUUCAGAAAAAAAAAAAAAUGAUGAAAAUGUAAAUUGACUUAUGUUUUAUUUAAAUUAAUGAAAUUAGUACUUUAAGCAAAAAGUAAAAAAAAAAUUUUUAAAUACAAAAUAAAAAUGUAUCAACUGGUAUCAGUCGCAUCUUGAGUUAGUUCUAAAGGCAGGUGACAUUAAAAUUUUAACAUUGUAGAAUUAUUAUCUCUCUUUUGAUUCUAAUGCAAUGUUUUUUACCCAUUCAAUUAUGCACAUAAUGAACUCAUAAAAAUAAAUUUAGAUACAUUGCAUGAUAUUUACAU